AAAACAAUAUGGCCGUCAAAUAGUCAAAUCAAAUCAAUUCAUAUUUCAUAGUUUGGGAGCUUUGGGAGUUAUAGUGAAGUUAUAUGUUGUUAUUUUUAUCUUUAAGUCGUCUUUAAGUCGGUGUUAGUUUCGAUAUAACCAUUGUUAUUCGUUAUAAAUGUUACAUAAUAUUGUAUGUAAAUAAUGUCGUCUGAAGUCUGGAUAUUGGAACGAGAUCUGUGCCGUUGUUGUCACGCGCAAGGGAUUUUUAAUAAUUUGGCUGAACCUCGCGGUCGAAGUAGCGAAAAAGAGAUCUAUUCCGAUAUGUUGAAAGACAGUUUGGACAUCAGUAUAGAACCAGUGCUCGGUGUCCUCUCUGAAGUAACAUAUACAAUAUGUGAAACAUGUAUACUAAAGCUAAGAGAAGCAUUUGAAUUUAAGAAGCAGGUUAGAAAAUGUGAGGAAAAGUUUAAAGACUUCUGUAGUAGGAAUGCUAUUAAAGUUGCAAAUGAAAACUUCAACAAGUUUGAUAUCAAAAUUGAACUGCCCGAAUCAUUGUCAGUUGCAAAUGAAAACUCCAACAAAUUUGAUAUCAAAAUUGAAAUGCCCGAAUCAUUGUCAGAUUUCAGGGUGGACAGUUUCGAUGACGACGAUGAUGAUGAUAAUGAUGAUUUCAUUAUUUUCGACGACCGCAACAGUAAAGACCACACAAAGGGUGAUACAAGUCCAACACUGGGUAGCGGCAGUAGACAAAAGCUGAAAAACACAUCAAAGACCAAAGUAAAAACUAAAUUACAGCAGAAAAAAGGGAAGCAGAAUGUGGAAGAGGAGGCAGCGGAUGGAAAGAAGAAGACGAAGAACAAAUCAGCUGACAAAAAAGUUUCCAUGGAGGACAGUUUUGAUGAUGACGAUGAUGAUGAUGGUUUCGAUAAUUUCGACAACUUCGACAGUGAAGACCAAAUAAAGAGUGAUACAAGUCAAACACUGGAUAGUGGCAGUAGACAAAAGGUGAAAAUCACAAAGACCAAAGCGAAAACGAAAUUACAGCAGAAAAAAGAGAAGCAGAAUGUGGAAGAAGAGGCAGCGGAUGGAAAGAAGACGACAGAGAACAAAUCAGCUGAGAAAAAAGGCGGCAAGACCGCGCCAAAGUUUCGCCUGCUAUUGCAAGACUAUAAGAAGGAUGGGGACCGAUAUAUCUGCAGCCACUGUGAUAAGAGUUACGACAAGAUAAGCUCGCUAAGGUUCCACGUGAAGAGCAAACACUACAAGAUACCGAGGUUUUUGUGCGAGCUCUGCAAGAAGGAGUUCAUGACCCUCGCACCGUUCACAGUCCACAAGCUGGAGGUGCACAAUGUAGAUGAGCGUUUCAAAUGCAACGCGUGCAAGGGCACGUUCAACACGAAAAUCCAACUGCGGAAACACAUAAACAAUUUCCACAUGCUCGGAGAGAAGUACAGGUGCGAGUUUUGUGAGUAUGAAUCAUUUAGCUUCGAAGGUAUGUACAAACACAAGUUCAAGCACAAGACUGUGAAGGAUUACCACUGCCGCUUCUGCAGGAAGUCGUUUUUGAGGAAGACGACGCUGGACCUGCACGAGAGAAUUCAUACGGGCGACAGGAGAAAGGUCUGCAAAGAGUGCGGUCAGGCUUUCGUACAGAAAGCCAGUUUGAACUAUCACAUGACUAAAUACCAUCCCGAAGUGAACUUUUAAGUGAAGUGACACUUCCGCUUUUUAUCAUAUCGAUAAAAUACGUCGUAUCGCGUAAUUACAAUAUGCUCUAACGUUUAAUUUUUAUUAUCCUAAUUGUGUUUAGAGUCACGUUUUUAUAUUUUAAUAAUGUUAUAUUGAAGACCUUCAAUUUGUAACCGUUACAAUUUUUUUCUAUUAAAUUUGUGACUAUUGUUUUCAUUUGUUGGGAAAAUAAUCUAAAAUAGUAGUGAUAGUAAAAUAAUUCGCGAAUCUAAUCACAUUAUUGGCUGUCUCGUUUAUGUCUUGAGCCAGAGCGGAAUGAGAUCCUAUUCCCUAUAUUAUAAAGGAAAUCUAUAAAUACGUUUUAAUUUUGUUUUAUAAAAGAUUCAGUUAUUUUAUUUUGCUAACUUUUUUGAAACUGAAAACUUUAAAUUAAGUUUAGUAUAUCUUGGUCAGAUAGAUGUUGGUAAUACGCACUUGAUUACAACUUUACCAAUAAUUUAGUGUGUUUAUGGUAAGUUGUAUAAAACCAGAAACUAUGGUUAGUGACGUGAUAAACUGUUGAAGCUCGCAUAGAGCGGCGACGUGUGCUCACGUCUCAGGACUGUGCUUUAUGGCAAUCUUGAUGAGGAACUUUAUUUAACGGUGAACACACAAUGGGAUGUCAUGAAUGAGGAACUUUGUUUUACGGUGGACACACAAUGGGCUGCCACGAAAAAGUAUAAGAUAAUUUAUUGUAAAUAACAACUUUUUUAUCGUGCAUUUAGCAAAUUGAAUGACAGAAAGAACAAUGGCAGGAAAAUAGUAGACAAAAAUUAUUGCUUCUAUAGAUAAGUUAUAUAUAUAAUGCGUUUUAUAAUUAUACUAUGAUUUUUCAAAUAAAAAUGUAUUAUUAUUAAAGCCACAAAAAAAAACCAUUUUUGGAAAUAUCAAAUGACUUUUAAAUCAUUUUACUCUAUUCAAGUGUUGCCAUUUAUUUUUUCAUACUAUUUUCGUAUAACUUUGUAAGACUACCAGCACAACACACAAACACAAAAUAUUUCUAUAUUAAGUUAUUAUUAGUAAUAACUAUACUAUCAGUAAUAAUAAAAAUAAAAGUGAUAUCGUUGAAAAUAAGUCUCUUACAAAGAACUUCCUACAAUAAUACAUUAUCUCAAUAAUGAUACUAUCUGAAUACCAGCGUAAAAUAGCAGCUUAACGCUGCUGUGUUUCGUAUGGUGAGUGUAGAGAACCGGAGACCCUUUUUACUGGAAACGAGGCAUUCCAUCUUAGUCCUCACGGCUGACAAAGCAUCUGCAUUUUAAUUCGCAAACAAAGAUAGAUGUAGAUGUCUAUGGGCCACAGCAACCACUUACCAUCAGGUGGACUGUGCGCUCGUUUGUCACCCUUGUCCUAUAAAAAAAAACUAUGUAACAAUUACAUUUAAUGUUAUGGCAACACUAGCUAAAACAAAAUGUCAGUUUUUUACUGUCUUUACGGCUCUGGGUUCUAGCCCUUCUGAGAAUGUCACUGUAUGACACAAAGGCCUUGGAGCCAUGCCAGAAAUAUGCAUUUAUUGUAUCCAAAUAUAAAAUAGAGAUACAAUAAUCUAAAAGCUAUCAAUUAUGUAAGUAGGUACAUUAUGUUGAGAAUGUAUUAAGCUUACAUCAAACAACCACAAGACGCAUGACUUUUUCCAAGUGACAAAGACAUAACCUAAAAAGUUUUAAAUCUAAGUAUCUUUUUUUGACGCCUUCUCAGAACGAAAUCCUUUGACAGAGUUAUUAAGGGACUGACGCUUAAAAUUUUAAGAUAUUUUGGAUAUAUAGACGCUACCAUUCCUUCUCAACUAAUUUUAUGUAUGAAAGUCUGCCAUUGUUCUUUUAAACCUUUUUGCUGGUGAUGGAAAAAAAAGGUGCUUGAUGUUACGUCUGUUGUUUUUUUUAAUGAAACUGAAGUUAAAGAACAAACGUAUUUAAAGUCCAUCUAAUGUUAAUUUGCUACUACAGUCCAUGGACCAUUAAUUACCUAUAUAUGUAAUAAUAUCCACUACACCCAUCGUCCCGUGGGUACCCAUAAUAGACGACAUAUCAUAUGACUAAAAACUGUUGUUGCCAACCUGCCUGCUAAUCGUGGCAAAUAUGGCUAAUAUCCCACCUAUGAGGCGAUCUAUGGGGAACCUAUGUUCAGUAGUGGACUUUCAACAGGCUAUAACAGUCAUUAAUUUGAUAGUUCAUUUUUUUUUGCAUUUGAGUCUUUGUCUUCUUCAAAGAUCUAUUAAGCCCAAAGUAUAAUUAAAAUAGGGUCCCCCCCCCCCUCCAGACGGAGUGACAACCUGGUAAGUUAUACUGGUAGAUGGAUGCAGGUAGCUCAAGACCGUGGUUUGUGGCAUUCCUUGGGGUAGGCCUAUGUUCAGCAGUGGAAUUGUGAAAGACUGUAAUGAUGACACUGAUGAAAACAGUUUCAAACGUUUCUAGACUGUGUAAAAAAAAUCUUAAAAAUGAAUUGUAAAUAUCACUAUAUAGUGUCUGUAACUAUUAAAUACAUUACUAUAUUGUUCUUUAAUGUUUUAUUAUUUAAACGUAUUUUUGUAAAUAAAUUAUAUACAAAUUAUAUUGAUAUCAGAUAAUAUUUACGUACAUAGAAUUACACACACGUACGUCCCUUAUAUUGUUAAUACUAUUAAAGAAAUAAAAUUCUAUUAACUGUG